GAAAACAGAAGCUGCAGCGGCCCCGUGUCCCAGAAAGAAAUAGCUCUCGCGCGAUUCACCAGAGCCUCCCAGGGACCGGCUCCCCAGCCUUGCACGCCCUGAUUCCAACAACCUUGAAGGGCUGGCAGCAGCUUCACCUAUUCACUUUACCCCAGCACAGAGCGAGAGAGCCAGGCGAGGCUGCCUGUGCGCGGGUCAGUCACGCUGCGCUGAGGCAGCUCAGCGCCUCCUUGGGUUGGGGCUGACUUUCGCGGAACGCCAGGCUAGGAGGACCGAGAUGCCAGCGUUCUCUCUACUCCGGGCGACCCCGAGAACCGUGGGCGCCUGGCUGAUGGGAGGCCUCUGGAUCUGGGCCCUGGGCAGCCUCUGCGGCCUGGGGGCAGCUGCACCGUGGGCCUGGGCCGAGGUCUCCCCGAGAGAACCGCAACCAUGCCAGGCGCCGCAGCAGUGGGAGGGGCGCCAGGUUCUGUACCAGCAAAACACCGGGCGCAACAGCCGCGCCCAGCUCUCCUACGAUGGGCUCAACCAGCGCGUGCGGGUGCUGGAGGAGAGGAAGGCGCUGAUCCCCUGCAAGAGAUUAUUUGAAUAUAUUUUGCUCUUUAAGGAUGGAGUGAUGUUUCGGAUUGAACAAGCCACCAAGGAGUGCUCCAAGUUCACCCUGACGGAUCCCUGGGACCCUCUAGAUAUUCCUCAAAACUCCACUUUUGAGGACCAGUAUUCCAUAGGGGGACCCCAGGAGCAGAUCACCGUCCAGGAGUGGUCUGACAGAAAGUCAGCCAGAUCAUAUGAAACCUGGAUUGGCAUUUAUACAGUCAAGGAUUGUUAUCCUGUCCAGGAAACCUUCACCAAAAAUUUCAGUGUGGUAUUUUCUACAAGGUUUUUUGACAUAGAGCUGGGCAUUAAAGACCCCUCAGUAUUUAAUCCCCCAAGCACAUGCCAGAUAGCUCAACCAGAGAACACAAGUGAAGACUGCUUCUGGUGAGUCCAUGAACAACCAUCAUGAGAAGCCUCAGACUUCCAGUUCCAGACUUGAUUUGAGAUUCAAAUGGGAAUUGAGAAUGUUCAAUGGAAUUUUAGGAAAAUAAAUAUUUUUCUGUAUAUAUAAAUAUAUAUAUAUUGACUACUGAAGUUAUAUUUUAAAAAAGGAACAGAAUGGAGAUUAAGUGGUAAUGUAAACUGAAAAGGGCUGACAUGGGGCCCUGAGACAUUUCCACGGCCUGUUUGGGUGUAUGGGGGUGUAUGCUAAGUGCAGGGCACUCAGGGGAAUGAGGGUCAGCGGCAGGAGUCUGCCUUGGCGGCAGGGAGUUUCAUUACUGAUGUGACUGAGAUUGCUGGAUUGCUGGUACAGAGUGAUAAUGAAAAGCAGAAUAUGUGGGUAGUUUUAUUAUUAAUUUUUAAGAUCUCUACAAUGACUGCUUUAUUACCUGCACCUGUAGGGUGGCAACUGUACCCACUGCUUACUUUCUCCAGCAUUCCCUCUCCCCCUGCUUGCCCGACACUUCCUUGGCCACUAACAAAGCAAACCCUUAAAAUCCCUUCCAGAUGUUAAGAGCUUUAUGCCAUGACCUGACUAAUGUAAACAUCUGAGAAGGAAGAAACACUAUAAUGAAAAUUAAUUAUUCUCCUAAAGAGACAUUUUAAACAGGAGGGUUUAGGUAAUCUUGUCUAUGCCUGGAUCUGAACCACAAAUGCUUCUUUUAUUGUAUGCAAAAGAAUUGGUCUAUAUGUGCUGAACCAUCAUAUACUUGUCAGUAGACCUGCAGAGUCAGGUAGUAUUCUAACAACAGAACUGAAAAGGAAGUCGGUAGAUUGUUGUUUCCAAAAUCAAAGACUAUAAUUCCCUUAUACUUGAACUCCUUGGACGAGUUAAAUGCACUAUACUUCCCCUCACCUCAGCCUUUCUGGGGGCCUUUUCACAGCCGCUUUAUAUCACUUGUACUUGUGCACAUCGUUCCCAUGUCAACACAGACUUAACCUUCUGAGGGUUGUUCCUAAGCCUGGGUUGGGUACACUUUGCUCUUGAGCAUGCUAGUCUCACAACACCUGCUAGGCUGUGUGUUAAUUUCCUGCUUGCUGGACAUCGCCACCCACCAUCCUGGUUAUGAGAUACUUUGAGUACAGGAACCAUGUUCUGUUUAUUUUUACAUGCCCAGAGCCAAGUAAGUGCCUGGCACAUAGUUAGUGCCCUAAACAUAUCUAGAGUAUAGCAAGAAACCUCUCUAAUCCUUUCUGUACUCAUCUGUUAAAUGUAGCUGAUCUCUAGGGACACAUUCAGUAAUAAAAUUUAUUAUUCUAGA